AUGGAGCCAGAGCCGGCCCUGAACGACAGCCUGGCGGCGGUCCCCUGGAUGCCCGCCCGUGGUGGCAAUGCCUCGCUGGAGUUGGCGUCGCGGCUCCCCGCGCCCGCUGCUAUCAACCCCUGGGAUGUGAUGCUGUGCGUCUCCGGCACUGCCAUCGCCUGCGAGAAUGCCAUCGUGGUGGCCAUCAUCUGUUACUCGCCCACCCUGCGCACCCCCAUGUUCGUGCUUGUUGGGAGCCUGGCCACCGCUGACCUGCUGGCUGGGCUCGGCCUCAUCCUCAACUUUGUUUUCCAGUACGUGAUCCGCUCUGAGACCGUCAGCCUCCUCACGGUGGGCUUCCUCGUCGCCUCCUUCGCUGCCUCUGUGAGUAGCUUGCUGGCCAUCACGGUCGAUCGCUACCUCUCCCUCUACAACGCCCUUACCUACUACUCAGAGAGGACAGUGCUGUGCAUCCACACCAUGCUGGUGGGCACCUGGGGGGUGUCACUCUGCCUGGGGCUGCUGCCGGUCCUGGGCUGGAACUGCCUCCACGACCGCUCUGCCUGCAGCGUUGUCAGACCCUUGACCAAGAGCAAUGUGACUCUGCUGUCCGCCUCUUUCUUUCUCAUUUUUAUCAUCAUGCUCCAUCUCUACAUUGAAAUCUGUAAAAUAGUUUGCAGACAUGCCCAUCAGAUAGCUCUUCAGCAACAUUUUCUGACUGCAUCACACUAUGUUGCUACCAAAAAGGGAGUGUCUACUCUUGCUAUAAUUCUUGGGACUUUUGGAGCAAGCUGGCUACCUUUUGCCAUAUACUGUGUGGUCGGGGAUCCCGACUACCCUUCUGUGUACACUUACGCCACACUUCUACCUGCUACCUACAACUCCAUGAUCAAUCCUAUCAUUUACGCCUACAGAAACCAAGAAAUUCAGAGGUCCAUGUGGGUUCUCUUCUGUGGCUGCUUUCAGUCUAAAGUGUCCUUUCGCUCCCGGUCCCCAAGCGAUGUCUGA